AUGGAUACGAAUAAAGAUAAUACAAUACUUAUUCAACGUGUCAAUAAAAUUUUGGAGACAAGAUUGGACAAUGAUGAGGAGACUUUGGAAGCUCUCAAAAAUCUAUCGACAUUCUAUACAGAGAACACUGCUGAUAAUAGAAGGAACUUGAAGUAUCAAAUUCAAGAACGUACUUUGGCUAUGAAUGAUGAUUUUUUACAAGCAUUCCGAGAAGUUAAACUAGCUCUAGACUCUGUACUGGAAGACGUCAAUAAAAUAGACAACUCUGCACAAAUUAUGCAAGAUCGAUUAAAUCAGACAAAAAGGCAGACCCAUCAACUUAUUGAGCAAACUAAUAGUCUACAAGAUGAAUGUAAGAAUCUAGAAGCCCAAAGAUGUGUAGCAGAAGCCUUUGUAAAACAAUUCCAAUUAUCCCAAGAAGAACUCGAUAGAAUCUAUGGUUCUGGCAAAAAUGAGAUGCCAAUCGAUGAUAACUUCUUCAAAAUCUUAGACAGGAUAAAACAAAUUCGAAACGAAUGCAGAAGCCUCUCACAGUUUGGAUUUAAAGUCAUUUCUGAUAUUAUUGACCAGAUGACUAUACAUGAGGAAGCUGCCUUAGAGAGAUUACACCGGUGGACACAAUCCCAUUGCAGGAAUGAAAGUGAUAAUCCACAAAUUUCUCAAUUAUCGAAGAGCUAUGAAUAA